UCGAUAAGACCACAUCAUUUCUUCUCCACCGCUAUUGUCCACCUCUAUUUCUACACUAUUAUUGUUUUUGAAAAGCUAUUUUCCGCUUAAAUGACGGCCAAUCUGUUGAACCUGAAUGUGGACACGCUGUUCGAGCAGCACGGCGUGUCCGAGAUCGACGCGGUGCACAAGAAGAUCCAGUCGGUGGUGGAGAACAAGCGCGAGGAGCUGCGCACCCAUGUCGGGGAGCGGUACCGGGACCUCCUGCAGGCGGCGGACACCAUUGCGGCAAUGCAGACGUCGGCGGGCACGCUCAUGGAGCAAGUGCGUCACGUGCAGGCCAACUGCCGCAGCCUCAACGAGCAGCAGCUUCUGGGCUUCCAGUCCAACACGAAUCCGAGUCCCAAGGAGGCGGCACUGCAGCAGAGGACGGCCGGCAGGAAGCUGCAGACCUACUACGGCACCAUGGCCCAGAUCAAGCUGCUCACUGCUCUGCCGGAACUGAUCUGGACGCACCUGGACAACGACCGCUUCUACGCCGCCACCGAGCUCUUCAUCUUCAGCCGGCACAUCAGCACGGGCCUGCAGCUGGACGGACAGAGUGCCCUGAUGCAAAAACUGCCGGUGGCCCGCAAGCAGUGGGAGAUCCUGCGUCCCUUCCAUGUGACCAUCAAACAGGCGGUUCUGGCCGCCCUGGAGCGGGAGGAACUUCUACCCGAAAUGGCCGUGGACUGCCUGCAGAGCCUGCUCCUGCUGGACAAGAGCGACUUGGGUGUUGUGCUGAAAACCUUCCUCGGCCUGCGCUCCUCCGCUUUCCUCAACUGCCUGCAGAGCCGACCAUCGGAGCCACGUCGCGUCAAGGAGCGCAUCCUGGCCAGCUUGGGCGUGCUGAACAGCACGGUGGAGCUGUUGGACAAGUGUCUGCUGGGUGAUAGCCUGCUCUUUGCCCGCCUGGCCGAUUGCGCUUCUGCCACCUGCCCACCCAGUAUCAACCGGAUGGAGAGCAGCGAGCGACAGCUGUCUCACCUGCUGCCGGAAAUCAUCGCCGGCUUUAGGCCGCAGUUUGAGGUGCCCCAACUGACGCCAGAGCAACUGGGCGCAUCACUGCAACUGUGGCUGGAUAAGAUGAACGCCCUGACUGCGGCCCACCUCCAGCAGGUCUUCGCGCUGGUCAGCAACAUGCAGACCAUCCAGGACAUCAAGUCGGCGGCCCGGGCUAAUGGCCGGCCAGAUUUCGUACGCCUGGAGCAGCAGUUGCAUCUGAAGCACAGCCAGUUGGACUUCUACGUCCGGAAGUACGUGCCGCUCAUCAACGCCAGGGUGCGGGAGAUCAUCCGCAGUAGCUGGGCGGCAGCCAUGAAGCAGACCUACGAGCAGGUCCUCUCGCUCAUCGAAGCCGGUCAGUCGCAGGCGCCGCAACAAAUUUGGCGGGAGCAGAGCGAAGAUCUACCUUCAAGCCUGGCAGCGGCGCUCAGUGAUCAGCCGAAGCGGCUGGCCAAUCGGACAAAGGGCUACGAUGGCGCCACCAUGGAGCUGUGCAAACAAUUCGACUCACACCUUGCGGAUAUCGUCCAGGAGCUGAAUGUAAUGCUCCAGGAGCAGUCGACGCGGACAGAGGAUAAGGUUUCGCUGAUCCAGUUCCUGCGAGAAACCGCCGAGGAGCAGCUGACAGAGUACUUGACCAACCUGAAGGGCCUGCAGCUUAGGGAGCGCCCCGCGCUGCUCUUGGCCCUGCGCAACAGCCUGGCCUUGGUGGAACUGUGCCCCAGCUUGAAGCUCUGCUUCUGCCAGCCCUCGAGUUGGCGGCAGUGGACUGGCAACCAGGCAGGAGUGGGCAUCGAGCACUGGAAGCGCAUUUGCGGGCUCAUCGAAGAGGAGAUGCUCACAUUCUGGCUACUGAUCGUUGACGAUGUGCUGGCCGGGCACAAUUGCGAGGAGCGGUUGCCGAAGGUCAUCAAUCAUGAAGUGGUCCUCAGCGAUUUUGCGCUCUGGCAGACCAUAACGCUGGAGCAGCGUGACGAGGACCAGGAGCAGAGUGUUGAGUCAACCAUUCGCAUUCCCAGCCAGCCGCGCCUUUCGCUACAAACGUAUCUGCAUCAGUUGAUCCAGGCCCUAAACCAGGCUGUUCCGCAAACACUGCCCCCCAAAGUAUUGCAAGCCUUUAUCCAGCGGCUUUUGGGUAAGCUGCUUUCCCACUACGAGGGAUUGGGCAAAGCGGAGUGCACCAAAUCCAGCCAGAACAUUGCCCUGCAGUUGUACUUCGACCUGAAGUUCCUGGAGCGCGUAUUCGCAGUGACCCGCGAGGAAAGGGCUCUCUACGAUCAGAUCCACUCCCAGCAGAGCCAGCUGCGCGACUGCAUCGAUCCCUUCGACUUUGAGCUAUUUGCCGAGCACAUAACCGCUCAUGUGACUAGAGCUUCUGGGCGACUGCAGGGCGAACUGGGAGUGCUGACGCCCACGACAGCAUCUCAAAGUCAGGGCCCAACGGCAGUCAGUACUUUGGCGCAUGAGGCAGAUCCCAAUGUGCUCUGCCUCAGCUCAUCCGGAUCCACGUCGCUCUGGUUCCCCCUACUGCCCAUUGUAAUGCCCCAAGCUGCCGGAAGGGCCACUGGCGUCGAACGGAAAUCCCUGGCACAAGAGCCAGCCGAGAAACCGGCGACAACAACGACGAUGACGACGACGACGACAACACCGACGAGGAAGUCUGGCUCAGGGGCCAAUGGAGCCCGCAAGGGAGACAGUAGCAGAUCAAAAUCGAGUGCCGCUUCCUUUUUCGGGAUGUCCCAGGAGUGGUUUCGCUAGAGCAGUCAAAUCAAGUGGCCUGUGAAGUGCAUCCAAGUGGAAUGCGGAACACCGAACACUGUCUCCCCAUCCUCUGUUCCAUUGUUAAGACGAGCAUUGAAAAUGUUUAACCUUUAUCCAAACAUAUUUGCAAAAUGGGCGGAGACCGCCCAGUAAUUGUAAGCGAGUCACAUAUAUUAUAGAUACAUAUUCCCUGA